AGACAAACAAUAUGUUCAUCCAUGGGUGUGUUUGAUCCCGAUCAUGGUAGUAGUCUGUCCCUCCGCCCCCACUCACUCUGGCAGCGCGACGUAUCAGUUGUAAGAUGGCGACGGUGCAUUUGAGGAUCGGGGACUUGGUGUGGGGGAAGCUUGGCCGUUAUCCACCGUGGCCAGGAAAGAUAGUAAGUCCUCCAAAAGAUCUAAAGAAACCUAGAGGCAAAAAAUGCCAUUUUGUAAAGUUCUUUGGAACAGAAGACCAUGCCUGGAUCAAAGUAGAACAGCUGAAGCCCUACCAUGUCCACAAAGAAGAGAUGAUUAAAAUCAAUAAAGGAAAACGCUUUCAGCAGGCAGUUGAUGCAGUGGAAGACUUCCUGAAGAAGUCAAAGGGAAAGGAACAGAGUGGCAAUAGCAAAGGAGACUCAAAAGGAAAAAGAACACCACAUAAACCUCUAAAAAUAUUGGAGGAGGACGAUGAGGAUUUUGGAGCGCUAAAAGACCCUGAAAAGGACUUAACUGAUUCUGACCCCGAGCCAUCCACGGUCGAGCGGGUCGGAGCUGGUCCUGGCUCCGGGUUUAAGUGGGAACACAGUCCCAUGAAAGAUGACCCACAUUUUCAUCAUUUCCUACUGAGCCAGUCUGAGAAGCCUGGAUCAUCUAUGGAACCAAUAAGCAAGAGACUGAAGAUUGUUGAAAAGGACACAGGAUCUACAUCUAUUCAAGCGGCAGACAGCACAGCCAUCAACGGCAAUGUCACACCCACAGACAAGAGGAUAGGCUUCUUGGGUCUUGGGCUAAUGGGCAGUGGGAUUGUCUCAAAUCUACUAAAAAUGGGUCAUAUUGUCACAGUGUGGAAUCGCACGGCAGAAAAGUGUGACCUGUUCAUUCAGGAGGGAGCCAGAUUGGGCCGCACCCCUGCAGAGGUGGCUUCCAUGUGUGACAUAACGUUUUCCUGCGUCUCUGACCCAAAGGCUGCAAGAGAUUUGGUGUUGGGACCCAGUGGCGUGCUGCAGGGAAUUAGGCCAGGAAAGUGUUACGUAGAGAUGUCUACUGUUGACCCAGAGACAGUCACAGAACUUCUGCAGUUGAUCACAUCACGGGGUGGUCGUUUCCUGGAAGCUCCAGUUUUGGGAAGCCAGCAGCUCUCCAAUAAUGGGAUGUUGGUCAUCCUAGCAGCUGGAGACAAAACAGUCUAUGAGGACUGCAGCAGCUGUUUUCAGGCCAUUGGCAAGACCUCAUUUUUUCUGGGUGAAGCAGGUAAUGCUGCAAGGAUGAUGCUUGUUCUCAACAUGGUGCAGGGCAGCUUCAUGGCCACCAUCGCAGAAGGGUUAACUCUUGCCCAGGCCACUGGCCAAUCACAACAGACCUUCCUGGAUAUCCUCUGCCAAGGACAGAUGGCAAGCAUCUUUGUAGACCAGAAAUGCCAAAAUAUUUUACAGUGUAACUUUAAGCCAGACUACUAUCUUAAACACAUUCAGAAGGAUCUAAGGCUAGCAAUCUCCAUGGGAGACACGGCCAACCAUCCUUCCCCAUUGCAGGUGUACAAAAGGGCUAAAGCACUGGACCAGUCGGAUAAUGAUAUUUCUGCAGUCUACAGAGCCUACAUUCACUAGUGAUGACUGUGACUUGUCACCUGGACCACACAUUCUUUAGUUGCUCCUUCAUCAUGUUUUUACUCUCACUUGUAGUAUUUCUUUCUUUUUUUUUUCUUUUUUUUUUCAAGUUCUUUGAGCUCUAGCACCAUCCAUGUUACCUACAACUCAGUGGAUGAAAAUAAUUUUGGUAGCACUGUAUUGCCUGUACCAGGAUCAUUUAGGCUAGUGGGUUCAGUCCAUGCAGAAAGAAUUUCACUGUAAGAAGUGUGUUAAUGAAAACGCCGAGGAAGUUCCAUAUUCUUAUGAUCCCUUGUUUCCUAUUCUCUGUGACCUCGUGAAGAUUUCCACCCUUUGCUUAAAGCAUUCUAUAAUUUACAUGAUCAGAUGUUUUUCGGUUUGCAAUUAAAGCACAGCUGGUCAAGCAUGUUAAACACUUUUCCCAUUAACCCCACCUGUAACGUCUAAUUUACCGUGUUAUGUUUUUUACCUUAAAUUACUCUCAAUUGUAUCUAUUUAACUAGAGAUGGGCUUAAGUGAAACCCUGGGGGUCAGUAUUUCUAGACAAAAAGAAUGGACAGGGCCAUUGUGGUUACACCGGGGUACAUUUAACUACUAUUUAAUUACUUUAACUCAUGUGACUUAGUUCACCUGCUCUCAGUUUGAAAACUUGCAAGACAUGCAUUUGUGACCUUGUCCUACAUUGGUAAACUAUGAGCAAUUGAAAAUAAAGCGACAAUGCCAAAGGUAAAAAAAAGAGACAGAUUUUACAAUUGCAGCUCAAAUCAAUUAGAAUAUGAAGUGUAUGCAUUUCAUAAUUGUGAAGUCACGGGAGUGACUUAAUGAAAGGAUAAAGAAUCAGAAAUGUAUUAGUCUAUGGAAAAAAAGUACAUGUAAGAAUAAAAAAUAAAAACAAAAAACAAUGACUUCGAAGAUAAAGAGACCUAUUUUAAUAUAUGUCUGAUUAUAUUUUUUCAUGUUAUCAUUUGUAUCUUGUGCAAGAUUUUUAGAAUUAUUUCUGCGAACUCCAGUUAGUAAACACAGUUGAUAAGUCAAGAUAGUAGUAGCUUUGAGGUGUACCAGUUUUCCUAAUGUAAAAUUAGAUUCUGCUUUAUAUCUUUGUUUAGAUCAGUGGUUCCCAAACUUUCUCUGCUGGGCAUCCCUUUGAAGAAAUUCAUUUCUUAAAAAUAAGAAAAUUUUUACGCCCCCCCCUCCCCUCCAUGCAAAAAACAAACCAAAAAAAAAAAAAAAAAAACACAACACACUCACACCAAUGCUUCAUCCUCAGCUUUGUGUUUAUAUGGGAGUUCUGUAAAAAAAAAAACCUGUCCACUUUAUGCAAGCAUUGCCAAUUUUGGUCAGUUGGCAGGAGUGAGAAUUUGUCUGGGGAAUUUGUGUGUGGGGAGGAGUGGGGACUGCAUUGCGCAGGGAGCAAGAAUUAAACAUAACGUCCUUUGCAAUAUCAUUACAAGGUAUUUAUUUGACACGUCCUUCAACCACUCUGUUUUUUUUGCCAGUUUCUUGUUAAAUAUUAACAACAUUGGACAAUAUGCUGCGUUACCUUUGCUCUGGAUGAAGCAGAACAGAUUCUCACAUUUUUCCCACUUAUUGGAAAUACACCCGUUAGAUCAGGCGGACAUGACAAAAAGAUAUAAUGUACAUGGACUGCCGAACGAAUCAGCCUAAUUUGUAAAUGUGACUGAAAUACAAAAAUAAAGGUGUGUGUGCAAGUUCUUUUUUUUUUUUAUGUUUUUAAAAUGUUGCUUUGCUUGCAAGAUGUGGAGACCAAAUAAAACAUCAGGUAAGGAAAACAAACCUUUUAGUGCUUGUGUAAAAUGGUUAUUUUUCUUCUUUAAUUAAAAAAUCAGUCAUUUCAAGUGUUUUCACUGUAAUUGUGCCAUAAAAUUCGUUGAAUUUUACAAAACAGGUUGAAUCAACCAAACAGGACAUAGGACUAUAAAUGAAUCCUAGUACCUUUUCUUUUUUGUGUCCUUAAGAGUAAUCCUUGUUUUGUUUCUGACUCUGAUAAUUGACAGCCAAUAUACACGAUUGCAGGAAUAUAACUACUGUAUUUUCCUGACCUGAAUAUAAGUCGCACCCACUAAGUUAAAAAGAAAAACAACUAUAAAUUUACAUAUAUAAGCCGCACCGGACUAUAAGCCGUCGAUAUCCAGGUUGAGUAAUGAGAUAUAUACCAGAUACACAGGAACACAGAAAGAUUUUGUACCAUAAAUGUUUAUUUAUAUACCUGAAUUGAUUGUUUCCGAAUAGUGCCUGUAACACGGCAGUAAAAGUGCUGAUCGAACAAAACAGAAAAGUAAUUGAUAGCUUUGUUCAUCUUACUCCUGAGCACUGAAACCACAUGGCUAGCCCGAUCGAUGGCCCUCAACUUAAAAGCUGCAUCAUACGAACUUCUUCAUGUGCUUUCCAUAAUGAGUGGGUGAGGGUUUGAAAAUAAUUUGCUGUUGUGUGUGUGUUGUGUUGCUUGUGCUAAAUAAAACCUAGCGUGACUUCC